AUGAGAAAAAAGCGAAAUAUGGGAAACUGUUUGCCAGUACUAUUUCCAAAUCUAUUCAGCAGCAGUGAUCGUUCGCCACUAGAAGAGAUCACCGAUGUCUCAAACGGUGAUAGCAUCAACUCGCCGAGGCGCCCGGAGUCAGAGCAGAGUGCAUACAUAAAUGAACUUCUGGCCUUGGAAACGAGCAGCGAGACAAGACAACAGGAAAUAAGUGCAGAUGACGCCGGGAAGAUCCAUAUUACCGCAAUGCUGGAGCAGAUUCCUGCUGAUAUAUACAGAGAAGGCAAAAUGGGAAAAAUCGAAUGUCCUAUUUGUAUGAUAGAUUUCGUCGAUUGCGAUCAAAUUCGUUAUCUUCCCUGCAUGCAUUGCUAUCACAAAAAGUGUGUAGAUGAUUGGCUGAUGCGCUCAUUCAGUUGUCCGUCUUGUAUGGAGCCUGUGGAUUCAGCCAUGUUGUCAUCAUUUUCAGCACUCAAACUCGAAGGUUUGGGAAGUUUGGCAUGUUCUUCAGUCAUUUCGAAUACUCAUCAAAAGUCGUCGCCUUCAUAG